CUCAAACCGGCUAGGUGGCACGAGAGCUGCACGUGCUGCAGCUUGCAUUUCUGAGAAAUCCUCCUUUUGUACGCGCGCAUGUACAUUGAGGCGUGCGUGUUCACGCGUGUGCGUACAGCUGGGUUACUGCUGCCCGAGUAGCUGUAUCUGAACGCCGGGCAGAGUAAGCACACACAGAGCUCGCGCCUCAGCUGGAAACAUCAGGAUGUCUGCAGAGCAAUUGGAGAAGAACAACACGAUCGACCUGAGGAAGAAGCAUAUUGGGCCAUCCUGUAAGAUUUUCUUCAGCCAUGACCCCAUCAAGAUCAUCCGAGCCAAAGGCCAGUACAUGUACGAUGAAAAAGGAAGGCAGUACUUGGACUGCAUCAACAACGUGGCUCACGUGGGCCACUGCCACCCGGAUGUGGUGAAGGCAGGGGCUCAGCAGAUGGAACAACUCAACACCAACUCGCGAUUCUUGCACGACAACCUGGUGCUGUAUGCGCAGAGGCUGCAGGACACGCUCCCGGACAAGCUGUCUGUGUGCUACUUCGUCAACUCCGGCUCUGAAGCCAACGACCUGGCCCUGCGACUCGCAUGGCAGUACACGGGUCACAAGAAUGUCAUCACGCUGGAAAACGCGUAUCACGGCCACGUCUCAUCGCUCAUCGACAUCAGUCCGUACAAGUUCCACCACGCAUCAGAUGCCGAGCACAAUCAAUCUGUCCAUGUGGCUCCCAGCCCAGAUGUGUACAGAGGAAAAUACAGAGCGGACCACCCGGACCCUGCCACUGCAUAUGCGGAUGAAGUCAAAGAUAUGAUUCACGGAGUGCAUGAGAAAGGAGGAAAGAUUGCUGCUUUUAUUGCUGAGUCACUGCAGAGUUGUGGCGGGCAGGUCAUUCCCCCCCCGGGCUACUUCCAGCAAGUGGCAGAACAUGUGCGAAAGGCUGGGGGCCUUUUCAUUGCCGAUGAAGUGCAGGUGGGAUUCGGGCGUGUCGGCAGCCACUUCUGGGCCUUCCAGCUUCAGGGAGACGACUUUGUGCCUGACAUUGUCACGAUGGGGAAGCCAAUCGGGAACGGACACCCCAUGUCCUGCGUGGUCACAACCAGAGAGGUGGCCGAGGCCUUCAUGUCAUCCGGGAUGGAGUACUUCAAUACAUUUGGCGGUAACCCAGUGUCGUGUGCCAUCGGCAUGGCGGUCCUGGACGUGAUAGAGAAAGAGGAUCUGCAGGGUAACGCCCUGCAAGUGGGCCGACACCUGACCCGUCUGCUGGAGAAGCAGAAGGAGAAACAUCCACUGGUGGGAGACAUCAGGGGGCAUGGCCUCUUCGCGGGGGUGGAGCUUGUGAAGGACCGGCUGAAGCUCACGCCUGCUACAGCAGAGGCCCAGGAGGUCAUAUACAGGCUGAAGGAACAAUACAUCCUGCUCAGUGCCGACGGACCUCAUCGCAACGUGCUCAAAUUCAAGCCCCCCAUGUGCUUCAGUACGGAGGACGCUGACAUGGUGGUGGAGAAAAUCGACCAAAUCCUCACCGAGCUGGAGAAAGCACUGGGUUUGAAGUUGCACAACAUAUCGAAUGUGGAGAAUGAAAGCAGUAAAAGAAAGCAGCCGACCAAUGAAAAUGGACACCAGUGUCUCAGUGGGUUAGCACACAACAGAGGGAGCACUCAAGGAGUUCCUCAACGCAGCAAACGCCUCAGGACAUAAAGCUGCCCACCGUCAGGGGUUUACCUUUUAUACACUUCAUUUAGACAAUAUAAAAAGUCAAAACGCUGGGGAAAAAACUAAGUGCCUCACAUACGUAUAACCUAACGAAAAAUGUUUCUACAUUAAUACUAAUAAUAACAGUAAGCUGUAUAUUUAUUCAUAGAGAAUCUUCUCAGGGUUUGCUUUUUAAUUUUGCCUAAGAAUCAUAUCAACAUAAAACGUGUCUGCUAUUGUGGUUUUACAAAAUAUCAUUUGAACAUACUAAACAAGUCUUUUAAAUUGUACUUUUUGUUUUAACUUCAGCUAAAACUAUGAUUUCUCAGCAUUUAAUUAUUUUCUUUUUUUACAAAUUAUGAAAAUGACUCACUGUAUUUGACAGUGUGGAAUGUCUGUAUGGACACAUUUUGUUGCUUAAUCUUUGUAGAAUAAAGUAAUGUGUGUAUGUGA